GCGACUGUUGCAACACUCUCAGUACGACUCUAGUCGCUUUGCCGCUUGGAACGGGCGCGAGCACGCCGGCCACACGGAGAGGGCGAGAGAGCAAUCACUACGAACUAACAACAUGUGGACACAGUGAAUGCAGUGAUCAGUGACUUAAUUAGUGAACUAUCAAACAUAACACGUGGAGGCAACGAUACAAUGGAUACCAAAACAUCGAUCUCAUCGCACGAGUGGCACAUACCACGGCCGUCACUUUCGGGAAGCAGCACUUCUGGCAGCAUCAGCGACUCCAGAUCCCGAGGAGGCUCGGCGUCUAGCCAGGGCUCUUCCAGCAACCACAGCACUCACAGUGUGUCGUCAGGAUCGUUGUUGCUGAGCGCAGCGCACUUAGCGCGUAUGCACGGCAAAAGUCCAGGACCGGAGGAGUAUGGAGGCUAUCAGAGUAAAUUAGGAAGUUACGGACGGAAGGCGUUUUCCGAGGCCGUAGUGGCGAUUCCUGAGGAGUCGCGGGAACCAGCGGAUUCAUUCUGGAACGGGGUCAAGCGCGGAUCGGCCACAGGGGCAGACGCGGUGUCUGUGGCGAGCUCUACGCACUUCACGGUGGUGAACGGGUUCACCAAGCACCAGCCCAGCAAGGAACCCCGCACCUGCUGCUGCGCGCAGUCUCACCAGAUCACAGUACUCGUCAUUUCAAUGACGAUACUAUUCUCUGCGUGCAUACUAGCUGCCAUUUGCUUUGUAGAAAUGCGGAUGCGCAAGGAAACCGGCAUGUACAAAUAUUCAUAGGAAAGCUUUAGUAACCUUUCAUACUUAAAAGUAUUAAUGGCGUCGUAUUAGGUAUAUUUGGAACACUUACUGUAUGCUUACCAGUGAAUAUCUUAAUUUGCAAAAUAGUUAUUUCAACAAUAACUGUACUAUUGUGAAUCUUCAAGUUCGAUCUUAACA